ACUGUUAUGCACUAGAAGAAACUAGCAGCUACGUUUGAUUUGGCUGGAAGGCCUUCUGUAGAUCAAAAUAAACUAGGAUUAAUCAUUGAUCCACAAUACUACAAGGUUUUAGUCACUUAACGUUUUGGCCCUGGUCCAAGUCUAUAGGUGAACUUGCGCAACAAAGCUAUUUCAGAUUUCAGAGCACUGACAAGCACUUGUCAUUCGCAAGAAUCACCAGCCAGGAAAUUUCACAAAAUGGCUGACCUGAUGAACAAUGAUGUGUUCCUGGCCUUCUCUACAUAUGCCACCAUUGUAGUCCUCAAAAUGAUGUUCAUGGCCCCUCUGACCGGAUACUUCAGGGUAACCAGAAAGGCUUUUUCAAACUGGGAGGACACUGCAAUGGGCAAAAAAAAUCCAGAGGAGAGAAAGAAGAUGCUCCAGACCAAUCCUGAUGUAGAACGCGUCCGAAGGUGCCAUCAAAACGAUCUGGAGAACAUCAUUCCCUUUGUGGUCAUCGGUCUUCUGUAUGCGUUCACGGGUCCGGAUCUCUCCACGGCUCUGCUGCAUUUCCGAGUGUUUGUGGGGUCGCGUUUCAUCCACACUGUGUCUUACAUUUUGGCUUUACCCCAGCCUAGCAGAGGUCUGUCCUGGAUGGUGGGAAUGAUCACAACUUUCUCAAUGGCCUACAGGGUGCUCACUACAGCACUCCUUCUCUAAAGACACUGUAGCGCCGCAGAACUUGAUAUCAUGUAUUGUUCCUGGUGUUAUCUUUUUGUGUUAAACUAUAUGCAAUUCAUAAUAAAAUCUGUCAAGAUGU